GUUUCGGCACAUCCUGUUAACAAAAGACUAAUGCAAGCCGUUUGCGAAACGCCUCUUCGGCGUUCAGUCCUGGACAACGAAAAACUGCUUUUGCCUUUUGAACGGCUGGACGACGAUCUCGAAAGUACAUGUACGGAGUCUUCACAGGUAAGCUCUACCACUACGCGCGGCAGCGUAAAAAAGCGAGUACAGUUCUCGGAGAAGCCAGAAAUUUACUAUGUGUCUGUGGAUUGUGACACCGACCUGCUGCUGCUGAAGCCGAAGUGUGGACGCCGUUCAAGGUCGCAGGAGGAUCGCUCUCGCAGGCACAUCAAGAAGAUGGCGCAGAACCACGAACACAUCGUCGCAUCUGUCAUGGAGGCUUCUCAGCAGCUGAAGGAGUUCGAGAAGUAUGCCGCUUCCGGCUUCGGUACGCUUCACCUCGGGAACUCUGUGGAGGAUCCGGAGGCACUGCUGGCAGAUCACGAUGUGGUGAUUGUCGCGACUGGCCGCAGCUGGCCGGGGGAGGAGUGGCGGCGAGGCCGUGGUUUUCAACUCACUGUCGGUGAGCAAGACGAGAAAUUCCGGGGCAGACUCGACCUUGAUCGGGAAAUGGAGGCAAGCAUCUCCAACUUGCUACUGGUGCCUCCCAUUUGUACGGCGACGCUCUACUGCAGCGCUGAAACCCCGAUCGGCUAUCUCCGAGACCGAGUUGCAGAGAUCGUGACUGCAAAUACCUGGCUUUCUGGACGCCUUUGCCAAGAGGGCCGUGGUUGUCCCUUUCUUGCAUUGCCGCAAGCCCCGGCUCCAGCUCCAGGGCACUUCUUGGAGUGCCGAAGUGCGCUGCCCAUCACGGAGAGCUUAGCCUGCUCGGAUCUCCUGUGCCACGUUCAGAAGAUCCCUGGGGCCAGCAUCGGCUGUGGACUUGCAGCUAUCAAUCGCGAUGAGGUUCUCUUCAAAGUUGCAGUCGUUCACACUGAAGAUCCUGAGUAUUUCAUCCUCGUUGUUUCGUUGAACCACACCAUCGGCGACGGAUUCACGUUCUAUAGGCUCUAUGCCAUGCUGGAUCCCGAGGUGCCGGUGAUCAGCAUGAGCCCACUUCGCCGCCCUGGAUUUGCAGAUGAUGCCAUGAAAGCAUGUGGAAAGCAUCAAUUUAACUGGCUAACACGAUGCCCGACGCUUUUGGGCUUGCUUCGCAGCUUCUGCUUAUGGUAUCCAUCUCAGCCGCAAGUGCGUCUUGUAGAUCAAGCCGGUGUAUCAAGCAACAAGACAGAGAGUCCAACGGUCUCGGCAAAUGACGUCUUGACUUCCCACCUGCUGAUGUUGUCCGGAUUUGGUUUUGGGUACAUGUCAAUCAAUCUUCGUGACCGUGGCCUGGGCGUUACCAGCCUCAAUGCCGGCAACUACGUGCACAGAGUACACCUCCGACCGGACGACUUCGCCGAGCCUGCACAGGUUAGGAAGGCGCUGUCCCGGUAUUUCACUGGGGGAUGCGAUCAGGUUCCUGACUGCUGGAGCUCCAUGGUGAGCCGGCAUGGGCUGGUGUCGAACUGGGCGGGCCUCCACCAUGAGGUCAUGCUCCCAAGCUCUACUCCAACUGUCCAUCUCCCUGUCAUCGCGCAUCCGCAGCCGGGAUUCGGCUUCUUCAUUAUCUUCAGGCCAAGGAAGAAUGCGCUUGCGGUGUACUAUUCGCUUCGCAGCAGAGCGCUCAUUCUGAAGUUCGUCCUUCAGCCCGCCACAGACCUCGCGAAGACGCUGCAAGAGGUACGAAGUGCCGUGGGCCGUUUUGAAGCUCCGGACCUUCCGAUGUACAUUCUCCGGCCCGGGACGAGUGAGGAGCAGGGAUGGCUAUGGGUGUUGGGACUGAGUCCCCACAUUCUUCGUCAUCUUCGUGGAAUCCUGUUGCAAGCAUCACAGGAGGAUGCCACUGCGUCUGGAGCCUCGCAAGGCCUGAAGCUGGCCUCCUUCCUUCAGGUGUUGACCUGUAUGCCUCGUCGGAAGAGCAAGCUGCUCACCGCCCUGCGGGCUGCUUUCACCUAUCUGGACAAGCAGCUCAGGCCUUGCGAGGUUGCUCCGCGCCUCACCCUGGCGUCGUACUGGCACUCGAACGAGGUGGUCCGGCGCACGCAGUGCGGCAGCCGAUCAGGCUGGAUUGUUUUGGUGGGAGAUGCGGCAUGUGGAAAGCCCUUUUACUUUGGGUCCAACUUGAACGGCCAUUUUCAAGAUGCCAUGGCCCUGCUGUCUGUUCCCUGGUCACAAUUGCCAAGUCAAGGUGAGCCUGGACCGCAGGCACGCGCAGAGGAAGAGCCUUUCAAGCGGUAUGCUGCCGAAUAUCGCCGGCGCAUCGCUGAAAGCAGAGGCUUUCACACCUCUAAAACAUCUGCCAGUGCAAAGAUCACUGUGUGA